CCAAAUCCAUACAAAACAACACUCCCACGGAACCAGGGAACAGGUGCUCCUACUGAUUCGCCUGGUGCGCAGAAAUGGAAACGACGUCGUUUUUCCGCAACAGGUACUGGGUGCUGAGACAUGGCAGAAGCAUUCCAAACGAGAGUGGCCUCAUUGUCUCCUCCAUGGAAAACGGCAAGCUUUCACAGUAUGAGUUAGCUUCUGAAGGCGUUAAUCAGGCACACUCUGCCGGAAUUUUGUUCCAAAAGGAGCUGAAGGAAAGUAAUAUACCACUUGAAAAUGUUCGCAUUUGCUACUCUCCCUUUUCAAGGACAACUCACACUGCAAAAGUUGUUGCGUCGGUUUUGGAUCUUCCAUUUGAGGGUCCUCAAUGUAAGGUGUUAGAAGAUCUUCGAGAACGUUUUUUUGGUCCUUCAUUUGAACUUAUGUCCCAUGAUAAAUAUCCUGAGAUAUGGGCUCUUGAUGAGAAAGAUCCAUUCACACGGCCUGAAGGUGGAGAAAGUGCUGCUGAUGUUGCUUGUAGACUUGCACAUGCUAUGGCAACCAUGGAAUCAGAAUUUCAAGGAUGCGCGAUUCUAGUUGUAAGCCAUGGUGAUCCCUUGCAAAUCUUGCAGACAAUACUCAAUGCAGUUAAGGAAGACAGAGAACCCGGUUCUAAUGACUUGGCAUCAAGAAUAGAAGCUGUAAGAGUCCCUUCAAUUUUGUCACAGCACCGGAAGUUUGCGUUGCUCACCGGAGAACUACGGGCAGUCAUCUGAAUCAGAACUAUGGCUUCUUUCUAGCAGACAAGGCCUGUUGAUUUUGGCUAUAAUUUUAUUGAAAUUUACUACAUUUCCUUCAUCAUAUUAUUGGAACAGCCAAGCCGCCUGGAAAAAUUUGCCAGCAGGUUGGAGUUGGAUGUUGAUAUCCUUAGUAAGGAAUUUAGUCUUAUCAAGUUCCUUUACUAGAUUAUAUUCAUUUUCCUUUUCCCUC